GUGAGUCUGUUGAAUAAUGAAAGAAUUUGCCUGGCAGGGUUUUGUAGUGUUUCAUCGUCUUGAUGAAUUAUUGCAGAGGAUAGACGCCAGUCUCUUUUGUCCAAAAUGCAUUGGAAUGAUUCAUCCAAUUCCUCAGAAAGUGACAAUGAAGCUCAUUCAGCCUUUACACAGACCGAGCACAACAUAGUUGCAGCUUACUUAAUAACAGCAGGAGUGAUAAGCAUUUUCAGUAACAUUGUUGUGUUAGGCAUCUUUGUUAAGUACAAAGAGCUUCGGACAGCAACCAACGCAAUUAUUAUCAACUUGGCUUUUACUGACAUUGGUGUUAGUGGCAUUGGUUACCCCAUGUCUGCUGCUUCAGACCUGCAUGGAAGCUGGAAAUUUGGAUAUACUGGAUGCCAGAUCUAUGCUGCAUUAAAUAUCUUUUUUGGGAUGGCAAGUAUUGGUUUGCUCACUGUUGUUGCAGUUGACCGUUAUCUGACAAUUUGCAGGCCUGAUAUAGGAAGAAGAAUGACUGCCCGUAGCUAUGCCACUCUAAUCCUUGCUGCUUGGAUAAAUGCAGUCUUUUGGGCUUCCAUGCCUACUGUAGGCUGGGCUAGCUACGCUCCGGAUCCAACUGGAGCAACUUGCACAGUAAAUUGGAGGAAAAAUGAUGUGUCCUUUGUUUCCUACACAAUGAGUGUAAUUGCUGUUAAUUUUGUUGUACCCUUAACAGUCAUGUUUUACUGUUAUUACAACGUUUCCCGGACAAUGAAACAAUGUGCCAGCAGUAACUGCCUGGAGAGCAUCAACAUAGAUUGGUCUGACCAAGUAGAUGUCACAAAGAUGUCUGUUGUGAUGAUUGUAAUGUUCUUGGUGGCAUGGUCUCCGUAUUCUGUUGUGUGUUUAUGGUCUUCCUUUGGAGAUCCAAAGACAAUUUCUCCUGCAAUGGCCAUCAUAGCUCCUCUGUUUGCAAAAUCUUCCACAUUCUAUAAUCCCUGCAUUUAUGUAAUUGCAAACAAAAAGUUUCGGAGGGCAAUCCUGGCAAUGGUGCGAUGUCAGACAAGACAAGAGAUAACUAUUAACAAUGCCUUGCCCAUGAGUGUAUCUCAAAGUGCACUGACAUCAUAG